AUGAAGGUGGAGCAUGGGAAGUCGAUGUAUCGGGGGUCGUCCCAUUGGGCCCUAGUUCUGAGUGAGAUCGCGGAAGUCAGAAACUACUUCACCGUGGCCGCGAACAGAGAGAAGUUUGAAUGCAUAUCAAAAGAGCAAGAGAGGGAAAAACUCCAAACUGUGAACACAUGUUUUCCCUUUUCCGCCUCCAGUGUGUUAUCAAGAAAUGAAAUUCUGCGGUACCUACCCACCCAGUCCGUGGCCGAUAAGCUGGUGGAGCACUGGUUCGAUGCCUUCGAUCGCUCAUAUCACAUCCUCCAUGGCCCGACAUUCCGUAAAGAAUAUGAGGCAUUCUGGCAGGAUCCGCACUCUCCGAAGGUCGACCUCAGCUGGAUUGGUCUUCUUAUGGCGAUCCUAGCUACGACCAUAGCUGAUCUGAUGAACUUGGGUCGGAUGGCCAAUGAUCCAGAGUUGGUGGGUAUGGAAUCGGAUCAGUACAAGCUGCCUAUCGAGCACUGCAUCGUCCUAGGUUUGAAUGCCGCGAAACCGGGACUCUACACUAUCCAAGCAAUGAUUAUCUAUUUGGGGUGGGCACGCAAUAAAUCAAAUCAGGAGCAGAUGUGGCUAUAUCUAGGAUUAAUACUGCGUGUAGCGCAGUCUAUGGGUCUUCACCGUGAUCCGAAGAAAUUCGAAGUUGAUAUAGCUCCAUAUCACGUCGAAAUGCGAAGGAGACUGUGGAAUGUCCUAAGCUGUAUGGAUCUCCUAGAGUCCAUUCGUAUCGGUCUACCUUCUAUUGUUAGAGCCGGGGAGUCCGAUGCCAUGCUUCCAUCAAACAUUCACGAUUACGAAUUCGACGAAGACUCAAAAACCCUCCCUCCCUCCCGACCUAUGAGCGAGCAUACGCCGAUGUCGUAUAUGAUCGCCAAAAGCAAACUCGCCAACGUCUUUGGUCGAGCGGUCCAAAUGAUUAAUCAGAUCAAGCCCGCCCCUCACUAUGACGAUAUCCUAAGACUCGACGCAGAAGCAAGGAAAGUGUACUCUUCGAUGCCAGAUUUCCUGAAGUUUAGGCCGCUAGAGGAGUCGAGGGUGGACCAUCCGGCCUUAAUCAUGCAAAGAUACGGAUUGAAUAUCCUACAUCAAAAGUCGCUACUUAUCAUGCACAGACCUUACUUUACGUUGAGGUUGAAGAGCAAUGCUCGAUAUGCGCCGUCAAGACGUGCAUGUCUUGAGAGCGCGAUGACAUUGUUAAACCAUCAGUAUACAUCGUGGGACACACAGUAUAAUAAAAAGGAUAAGACUCUUUAUCAUAUCGAUCCAAUUUCACCUAGUGAUUACCUCCCCGCGGCUGUAAUUAUUAUGAUUGAGGUCUGGCAAGCUCCUGCCGACUUAAACACAUCCAAUGGCGGUAUUUUUACUAUGGGCCGAGGAGACCACGAGCAUAUGCUCAAGGUCCUGGAGCGCGCAUGCCACAUCUACAGUAGCUUCCCGGACAACUUGGAGGUCGCAAAGGCUUAUGCCCUGCUUUCUCAUUUGAUCGAAAAAGUCAAAGCGAAAUUUUAUGCAAGGAAUAGGCCGUCCGAUACCACCCCCACGCAAUCUCCACCAGACAACUACUCUCCAUUUUCUGGUCAGCCAAUGUCUACGACUCCCGAACCAUCAUCUACGAAGGAUUCAGAACACUCAGCUGCCCUGACCUUGGGGAUGUUGAGCUCUGGUGGAGUCACCCCCUUAACUUCGCCACCAAGUGUGUUCUCUGGGUUCACGACAGCGCCGGCGGCGGUACCUAUGCAAGAUGUUGGGAAGACGGGCUUGACACCUUUGUACCAACCUGCAUCACCUUCUGGAGCGAAUUCCGCUCCGCUGUCAUUCUUCGGGCAAGGAAUGGGUAUUAUGGGGAUGGAUGGACCAAGUAGUUUGGGAUGGGACGAGUGGGAUAACUUUAUUCAAGGAAUAAACUCGGAUAAUAUGAAUUGGAAUAUCCCAAUGUCGCCUCCAGCUUCGAACGGAGAGUCCAAUUCUGAGUCCUCGCCACAGUGGGCAUCUAUGAUUGCACCGGACCCCGGGUCGAACUAA